AUGGGUCUUGAUUAUGUGAUUUUUCACUGCAUAUAUACGGUCCCGUUAGCAGUGCUCUUCAGCAUCCUCUACGGUCCAUUUUUGAUCCGUCAGGAAAUCUAUAAGAUCGGUACCCUCAUUACGAUAGCAGUGGUAGCAACAAUACCAUGGGACUCAUACCUAAUACGCACUCACAUCUGGUCGUACGCGCCCGAGUCAGUACUAGGCUACACGCUCUACAGCAUCCCAGCCGAAGAAGUAUUCUUCUUCGCGAUCCAAACCUACCUGACGAGUCUGCUUUACUGUGUUCUCCGGAAACCGCUUGUCCUGCCGAUUUAUCUCCGAGAAUGUGCUUCUCUUUCACGAGCUAGGGGCCUUGGGCAAGCGUUCCUGGUGGCUGCGUUCGCUGCUGGGAUCGCUUUCUGUUACUCGAAGGGUGAGCUGACGUAUAUGGGUCUGAUAUUGAUCUGGGUGUGUCCUGUUUUGCUGCUGCAGUGGACGCUAUCGUGUGAGUUUCUCAUAGCGCUGCCGUGGAACGUGACUGUUCUUCCGGUCUGCUUGCCAACGUUGUAUCUCUGGUUCGCGGACGCCAAUGCCGUGAGUGCCGGUACCUGGACGAUUGAGAACGGGACGAAAGUGGGAUAUCAGCUAUGGAACGGACUUGAACUUGAAGAGGCGGUCUUCUUCCUCGUUACGAACAUGAUGGUCGUCGGGGGAAUGGCCAGUAUGGACUACGCCUUUGCAAUUGAAGAGUAUCGGAUCCUCUCGUCGAAGAAGCCCUCGUCAGCAGAUUUCUCGCUCAAGCUCGCGCUGAAGGGCAUUGUGAGCCCGACCCCGCAGUUCGAUGCCCGUAUUCUCGACCGUCUCUCGGAGGCAGUGGUCUGUCUGAAGAGGAAAAGUCAGAGCAUGUUUCUUGGGAGUGCGCUCUUCCAGGGGAGUUUGCGAAUGGACUUGAUAUUCCUGUAUUACUUCUGCCGAGUAAUGGACGACCUUGUCGACGGCGACAACACCCCCGAUCACGACGCCCAGUACUGGAUAACGGAGUGCUCCAACGCCCUCGACGCGAAAGUCAACUCUCCAACAACCAAGCAAGAUUCCGCCAUCUCCUCCCAUCCUACAACAUCUCGCAAACACGACGCCUUACAGUCCGCGCUCGACCAACUGCCCCUCUCCAAGCUCUCCCAAAAACCACUCUACGACCUCCUCCGCGGCUUCGAAAUGGAUCUCGCUUUCGACAUCGACCGUAACCAAUUCCCCAUCCACACAGAAGCAGACCUCGAUCUAUACGCCUACCGAGUAGCCAGCACAGUCGCGACGCUUGUUCUCGAUCUCGUCUACCACCAUCACAACAACAACAACAACAACAAUACCAACCGCCUCUCCUCCCCCUCCCCCUCCCCAUCCGAUAUCCAAAACCGCGAAAAACUCACCCAAGCCGGCAUCACAAUGGGCAAAGCCCUCCAAUGCGUCAACAUAGCCCGAGACAUCGGCCGCGACGCAGCCAUCAACAGAGUCUACAUCCCCACCACAUGGCUCACCGACGCCGGACUGACUCCGUUGGACGUGAUCCGCCACCCAACAUCUGAUAAGGUGUAUGGGUUGCAGCGCAGGAUGCUUGACCAUGCGGAUGUUUAUUACGGGGAGUCUCGUGCGGCGAUUGAGGAGUUGCCCGUUUGUGUGCGUGGGCCCGUGAGGGUUACCGUUGAGAGUUAUUGUGAGAUUGGGAGGGCGUUGAGAGCGAAGAGGGCGAUAAGGGCUGGUGGUGGGAAGUUUCGGUUGUCGUUGGGGAGGAGGUUAGGGGUUGCUUGGAGGGCGAUGGGGGAGAGGUCGAGGAGGGAUGAGGUUUGGUAG